CUGGACAAAAAAAGCUCACGAAUAUGCGCUUGCAAUAAAAUAUUUUAUCAUGAACCAUAACAUGAGACUCUUGAUUUCACAAAAUUUACUCCUCUUAGACUGCUUUCAGUUGUCGACACUCGCUUUGCUCCAUCAUUGUGAUGCUCAACAGAUUGAAACUUAUCAAAAGGGGUUUUUAAGCUAUGGUCAUAAACAAAGAAUGGUCUUCUUAUAGAUUAGAUGACACUUAAAAAGCAAACUUUGUAAAAGAAUAUAUAUUUUGAAUGAUGAAUGGUAGGAUAAAGUAACAUAUAUUCUUGGUUUCACUGGACCUAUAUAUGAGAUGAUUAGAGUUUGUGACACCGACAAGCCAUGUUUACAUUUGGUGUAUGAGAUGUCGGAUUCGAUGAUUGAGAAAGUGAAAAUUGAGAUCUACAAGAAAGAAAAACAUUCAGCAUCUCAAAUAAGUUGUUAUGAUGUUGUGCAUCGUAUUUUAGUGGCUCAAUGGGCGAAGAAUAACACUCCCCUACAUUGUUUAACUCCCUCUUUAAAUCAAAGAUAUUAUAAUGGCGCAUGGUUACUUGAGGAUUCUACAAUAUAUGCUCCACAUAGGGAUGGAGAAAUUUCACAAGAAAUGAUGAAAUAUUUUCGAAGGUUGCUUCCUAAUGAUGAUGAGCAUAGUAGAGUCCUUGAUGAAUAUGCAAUGUUUUCAAUGAAGAGUGGUCAUUUCGAGGAUUUAACAAGCAUUUCAGAAAUGGCUAUUAUGAAACCCAAGAAUUGGUGGGUUAACUUUGGUGCUCAAACUCCUUUUCUCCAAACUUUGGCUUUCAGAUUAGUUAGACAACCUAGUUCUUCUUCUUGUGCUAAGCGUAAUCAAAGUACUUAUACAUUUAUUCACUCGCUUAAGAGGAACAUGUUGACUACAAGUCGUGUUCAACACUUGAUUUACAUCCACAAUAAUCUCCGAUUUUUGUCAAGAAAUCCGAAUGAUGAUGUAAAGAUGUGGGAUGUGGGUGGAGAUGCUUUUGAUUCAAUGGAAGAUGUAGGAUUUUUGGAGGUUGUCGAUCUCUCACUAGAUAAACCAGAUUUUGAAAAUGAUUUGAUAAUUGAUAAUUAA